CGCACACACAUGCGUGAAUUUGAAUUUGACAAGCAUUAGUCGGUUAAAAAUUGAUAAUGUAAUGAUAAACAAGCUAAUUUUGAUGAAUAGGAUGUUGUACCGUACCUUGGGUGUUUCUUGCUCUAGUUGUAGUGAAAAAUAGUUGAAUUAAAAAAAACUAUUUCAGGACGAAUCGAAGACAAAUUUGUGAUUUGAUUAGCAUAAUAUUUGAAUUUAUCGAUAAGUCAUAAAUGGAAGGCAUCAAUAUGCUCGGAAGGCUAGUUCUUGUGAAAAAUGGUGUUUUGAAGCCAGAUAAAGCGACUGCAUUGAAAGAAGGAGAAAAUAUGAUAGGCACAGGAGCUGGUUGCAUUCUUCGCUUGAAAAGCCAGAAAAGUACAACACAGUCGGUAUUGGACGUUCAUUGUGUUAUUGGUGUCAGCAAAAACGGAGCAGCAUUAUGCAAAAAUAAGAGUGAAGGCGUCCCAAUAAGGAUAAAUGACAAACUUGCUUUAAGACCACAAUUUUUGAAGCACGGCGAUACCUUAUCGAUUAUAGACAUGGAAUUCCGGUAUUUAAACGAACAUGUAAAAGAUAAGCCUGAAGAUUUCUUUGCCAAAGAAAAACUAGGAUUAAUUCCCAUAAGAAAAUCAGUGAAUCCUUUACCGAAGACACCUGCAAGAAUAACAUCCACACCAACUCCACAUAAAAAUUUGAAUCUAAGUUUGAGAGCAAACGAAACAAAACUGUCACGUUUUCCCAAAUUGAACCAAACAUUGCAGAAGAGUGUGGCUAGAACAAAAACUCCUAAUUACAGGACUCCGAACAAAGACACAGUCCAAAAAAAAUUGAUUCCGAAAACUCCUAAUUUGGCGAAUAUUUCUGAGCAAGAUUUGAUAGCGUUUUCUCCAUUAGCACAACCUUUAAGGAUGGAUCAUGAGGACGUAGGAGAAAAUAUGUCUGAUUUACCAUCAGAACCUCAAUUUAAUGAAAGUGACAAUGAACCAUCGAGCAUGUCUCUGGGCCUAGAUGUAAAUAUAUCCGAAAGCUCCAAUAAAACUACAAGACAAUCAAAGCUAGAGGAACCUGUUAAUUCUGAUGUAGGGGACGAAGAUGUAGAUUUUUCAAGAUCGGAGAUUUUUGAGGAAUCUGUUGAAGAGCAAAGAAAUUUUGUUACCGUCAGGCCCAGAAGAUUAGUUCAAGAAGCGAAAAUUAGUGAAAAAUCACAAACAAGAAGUUCAGCUUCACCUGUAAAUAAAGAUAGCACUGUGAAUUCAUUAAAGGCUUUCUUCACCAUGGAUUCUUCUGUUUGUGAAAGUGAUACAGGUGUUAUGGACCACGUAGAUAAAACUAUGACUACGCUUAAAGAAUCUGUAUCUGAAUCUGAAUCUAACCACUCAUUGUAUGACAUUAAUUAUGUUGAUGAUGUAAUUUAUGAAGCUCCUAAUGAAGAUGACAUCAUUCCUGAAACACAACAGGCUAAUGACGAUAGUGUUUUCCUAGAACAAAAUGAUGCAAUAGAAGGAGUAGGAAACAAAGCAAGAACAGGCACGGUUUUAAGUGACAGUUUUAACUCGGUUUAUCAGGAUACAAAAGAUGAGGCUUCUGUAUCACUUAGAAGCACAAGGCUUUUGAAAUCAAUUAGAAAAACUAGAAGUGUGACGAAUGAACACAUUCGAGAAGCUCAUAGUCUUUCCAGAAGCUCAAAAAAGAAAUCUUCAGAACAUGUCAGUGCUGUUAGUAGUGAUUCAGACACUCUUCAGGAUAAAUUAACCCAAGAUGCUGGAGAAAUGUCAGAGUCAAGGGACACUACUCUGGAUAAAUCAUUAACUGCUUCAGAAUCGAGGGACACUAUUCAGAAUAAAUCAUCCAAGUGUGUGAGUACUUUUGAUAAAUCAACACAGGAUGCUACAAAUAUCUCAUCAAAAGACACUAUUCAGAACAAAUCUAAGCGUGUCAGUACUUGUGUGGACUCGGCCACAGAGAGUGGAGAAAUGCCAGACUCAAGGAAAACUACUCUGAAUAAAUCAGUAACUGCACAAGUCAUGAACAUAUCUGCUUCAGAAUCAAGUGACACUAUUCAGAAUAAAUCAUCUAAGCGUGCCAGUGCUUUUGAUGAAUCAACACAGGAUCCUGUAAUUGAAUCGGUGGUAGAAUCAAAAGUCCUUGUUCAGAAAAGAUCAUCUAGGCGUAUUAGUACUUUUAAUUAUUCAACACAAGAUGCUGCAAAAAUUUCAUCUUCAGAAUCAAAAGACGCUGUUCAGAAAAAAUCAUCUAAGCGUGUCAGUACUUAUGUGGAAUCAACUAUAGAACCUGGAAAUAUUUCAGAGUCGAUGGAAACUACUCCGAAUAAAUCAUUGAAACCCAUCGCUGCACAAGUCGUGAACAUCUCUGUUUCAGAAUCGAGGGACAGUAUUCCGAAUAAAUCAUCUAAGUGUGUCAGUGCUUUUGAUGAAUCAACACAGGAUCCUGUAAAUGAAUCGGUUAUAGAAUCAAAGGACGCUAUUCAGAAAAGAUCAUCUAAGCGUUUUAGUUGUUUUAAUUAUUCAACACAAGAUGCUGAAAAUACAUCGUCUUCAGAAUCAGAAGACUCCAUUCAGAAUCAAUCAUCUAAACGUGUCAGUACUUAUGUGGAAUCAAUUACAGAGGCUGGAAAUAUUUCAGAGUUGAUGGAAACUACUUCGAAUAAAUCAUUAAACCCCAUCAAAGUCGAGAACAUAUCUGCUUCAGAAUCGAGGGACACUAUUCCGAAUAAAUCAUCUAAGUAUGUCAGUGAUUUAGAUGAAUCAGCACAAAAUGCUGUAAAUGAAUCAGUUGUAGAAUCAAAGGAAACUAUUCAGAAAAGAUCUUCUAAGCAUAUGAGUACUUUUGAGGAUUCAACACAAGAUGCUGAAAAUACCUCGUCUUCAGAAUCAGAAGACGCUAUUCAGAACAAGUCAUCUAAGCGUGUUAGUACUUAUGUGGAAUCAACCACAGAAGCUGGAAAUAUUUUAGAGCCAAUGGAAACUACUCUAAAUGAAUCAUCUAAACCCAUUACCACAAAAAUAGAAAACAUUUCAACUUCAAAAUCAGAGGACACUAGUCAGAAUAGUACUUUUGAUGCUGCAAAUGUACCAGCUUCAGAAUCAUCUAAGCGCAUUAGUACUUUUGAUGAGUCGACCCAAGAUGCUGUAAAUAUAUCGACUUCAGGACGAAAAUCAAAACGCAUGAGUACUUUUGAUGAAUCCACACAGGUUGUUGAGAAGUCAAAACAUGAUACUCAAGAUGAAGAAUCAAGAGUAACUACUCUGAACAAGUCCUCAAAACGCAUCAGUACUUUUGAUGAGUCAACCCAAGAUGCUGUAAAUAUAUCGACUUCAGGACAAAAAUCAAAACGCAUGAGUACUUUUGAUGAAUCCACGCAAGUUGUUGAGAAGUCAAAACAUGAUACUCAAGAUGGAGAAUCAAGAGCAACUACACUGAACAAGUCCUCAAAACGCAUCAGUACUUUUGAUGAGUCGACCCAAGAUGCUGUAGAUAUAUCGACUUCAGGACGAAAAUCAAAACGCAUGAGCACUUUUGAUGAAUCCACACAGGUUAUUGAGAAGUCAAAAUGUGAUACUCAAGAUGCAGAAUCAACAAAAGAAGUUUUGCAGGAUGUUAGUGAAAUGAAUCCCACUGACAUUUUGGAUGAUACUGAAUUUUUGUCUCCGGUUAGGCCUUUGAAGAAAUCCAUGAGAGUUCAGGCUAGUGUGGCGGAUAUCUCCAACAAUACGGAGCUACACGGAUCAACAUUGAGUCAAACGGUAAAAUGUCAAUUGUCAAACUCCUCAAUGACGGAAACAAGUUUGAAUCCGAGCAGUACCUCUGCUAAAUCUGUGUCCUCGCAGUCGUUCUCCAGUUUCAAACAUAACAAACCCGAGACUCCAAAGGCUGGAAAACUGGAAGAAACUGGAAUACUAGAAGAAACUGAAAUAAUUGAUGUGCUGAAUUUUACUGAUGUAGGCACAGUUCAGUCUCCAGAUGUUGCAGUUGAUAUUGAUACAACCAGAGCUUCUAUGAGUAAAUCCAGAGCUUCAUCAUUGGCAAAAAGAAGAUUUUCCAAUCGAACUUCCCAAAUGUUUGUGGACGUCACCUGUACUUCAACGCCAUUCCAGAAGCAAUCAUCUACUAGACAAUCUAAUAAAGAAGUAAACAAUUCCAGUAUGAGUCAGAAUAAUACAUUAAGAGCUAAACUCACCCUAAAACGACGUUCAAGCAGAGUCAGUGUCUCCAAAAAGGCGGAACAUGAUUGCCCAUCAUGUAAAUCCAUCACAAACCAGAACCAAAGCUUGGACACAUCCAAAAAUGUAGCAAAUAGAAAAUCACGUAGCCGCUCCAAUAGUGUAACGGAGCCAAAAACAACUCCUGAUACGUUGAAGAAGCUAACCCCCCUGGAAAUGUCCAAAAAUGUAUCUGCAAAAAAUAAAAGGUCACUUAGUCAGUUCAGCGCGUCUCUUUUCAGAACCCCCACUUCACAAAGAAAAUCUCGUAUUGACGAAAAGCUUGCUAUGGCAGACGACGAAACACCAAAGUCUCACCUGACAACUUCAAGACGGCUGUCCAAAUCUACAUAUAAUCCAGAGGUAGAAGAUAUUACACCUGUCACACCAGAAAGACUUUGUGUUUCUGGAUUCAGUGACGAGUCCAAAAUACCAAAUAAGACACCUGUAUUGGUUGACAAAGUGAAUGUGGAGAGCCAAAAUACUGAAACUAUCACAGAAGAUGUUGAAACAGCUGAAUCAGAUUUGACUUCAAAGAAACCUCAGCAGGUAAUGCGUCGACAAAGGUCCCCUCUCAAUCGUCUCAGCAACUUUGAAGGGAUAAAGAAGCUGAUGAAAACACCUCCUAAUUCGCCAAAGAACGAUUUGAGAAAUAUCCCGAAUUUGCGUAGAAUUAUGUCCCCGAAACAAGAAAAAAGUCCCAUCAAUGAUCUGACAAAUCCAGUGGGUGUGAAAAAUCUCUUCAAAACUCCAAAGCAACAGAAAAAUCCAACUGGUGACUUGUCAGAUGCUGAAUCAGAUGUCAGUGGUCUUGCUGAAGUCAAUGUAUCCAAUGUAGAAGUUUUGAGUCGGGGUAGUGAUAUUGAAAACUCUGAAGAUUUGUUCACACAAUUAACAGGACAACAACCUAGAAAAUCUUAUAAUAGGAAAUGUAACAGUUUGUCUAUAAGUAAGGCAGAAAUGGAUUUAAAUUCUAGAAAAACUAUGGGUGAUUUGCCAAAUAGUUCUCCAAGGGUCCAAAAAUGGGUGGAAGAAACAAGUGCAGUUGAAAUGGAAUCUCUUCAAGAUGAUGAUGAUGUUUUUGCUGAUGAACCAACACCAAAAUCCAGAUCGGAAAGAAGCUUAUCAGCCACAAAAGAAACAAGUAAAAGCCAGAAUAAUGAUGUUGAUUAUUCAGAUGUUGGGGAAAAUGAGCAAAUGUCAGAAAGUGAUGAAUUCACAGAUGAAGCAAAUGUCAAGCCAAUCAUGGAUAAUGCUUCUCCCAAGUCGGAGGUAUCAAAGUCCUCAUAUGAUGCGGUAUUUGACGAUUCUACCGAUGAAGAGGUUAGCUUGCAAAAAAAUUCUUCAAAUCUUGAAAAGAGUGAUGUUAAGGACCCGAGCCUUCAAAAAUCGGAUGAAUCAAGCCUGGAAUAUUCUGACAAUGAGUUAGAAGCUCAAAAUUCUGAUGAUCAGUUGAGUGCGAAACUAGAGCACUCUAUCGAUGAAGGUAACAUUUCUGGCUCAGUUCCUGAAAAAAGAGAUACUAUGUCUGAACGGCCUUUCAGAAAGCUUAAAGGCAGCCGUAGCUUAUCACCAAGUAAAGUAACCCCACAACAGUAUAAAAGUCGAAAAUCUGUAUUCAAUUUUUCUAUAACCACUGCAGUUCCAGAUGUAGAUGCUUGGAAGCAAGAACGCAAUGAGCAAAUUAAUAUUGAAAAACCUGAAACUCCUUUGAAUGAAAUAGAAACAGAGACGAACUUAGUUACUGACAAUGAUUCAGAAUCAGAAAAAUUGUUGAAUAACAUGCCUGAACAGCCUGUCAGAAAGUCUAAAAAAGGUCGCAGCUUCUCACCUACAAAAUCGUCCCCACAACAUAUUAGAGGCAGGAAAUCUGAAUUCAAUUUUUCUGUCAGCACUGCUAUUCCAGAUGUAGAAAUUUGGAAACGAGAACGAAUAGAACAGAAAGGUACAAAGAGAAAGAGCAGCCCAAUUACCCAGGAAGUUUUACCAGAGAAAAAACGCUGCAAAGUCACUUUUGACAUUCCCGAUGAAGAAUCUCUCCCAGAGAAAAAGGGCACUCGCAGUGGUAGAGUUAUUAAAAAAUCUUCAAAGGUAGUGGAUGUGAAAAAACAACCAAGAAGGAAGGGAAAAGCUGCUCAAGCAGCAAAAGAAGUAUCUGAGGAGGUUGACAAUGAAAAUAACAAAGCUGUGGAUAAUCAAGAGGAGGGAGAAAGUGCCAGAGCCCAAACGGAAACAAAAACUAAUACCAGAAAUAGGAAAAAAAGUACUAUGGAUAUUGAUGAAAACCCAGCUGAAGUAAGUCCCUUAAAAAAACGGGGACGUAAUGAAAAAGCAGUUGAAGCAAGCAAACCUACUAAAGGUGAAGUGGAAAAUGAACUAGAAGCAGUGGUUGAUGUUCCGCCACCUAAAAGAAGGCGACAAAAUACUAAAGAGGCGACUGUUGCCUCUCUUGAAUCCGAAGAAAAUGAAAUUAAAAUAAGUCCACUGAAGCCAAGAACAAGAAGAGGAAAAGCAAUAACUGACGCUGACAGUGCUUCAAUCUCUUCGCCAAAACAGAAAGGACGUAAAGUCAAAAAUGCAACAGAACCAAUAGCUGCUGAAACUGAUACUGCAUCAGCUUCUACGUCAACUACAAGAGAACGUAGAGCGAAAACUUUGCGAGAUGCGACAGCUGUUACUGACAGUCCAUCAACUUCUUCGCCAAAGCCAAGGGGACGCAACGUCGAAGUAAUAGAAUCAAAUAACACUGAAAAUCCAUCUGCAACCAGUAAAAAUGCAAAAGAACCACCAAAAAAGAGAGGUCGUAAAGCAGAAGCCGUCGAUGAACAAGAAACCAUAAGUGUGUCUCCACCUAAAACCAGGAAGCGCAACGCUAAGGUUCCAGUUGAGACACCGCAACCAGAAGAAAAUGAAAACAAACAAACUACAACCAAACCAAGAAGCCGUGCAGCUAGAAAGGUUGCGGAAGAAACAGCUGAUAUUGACACACCAAAAACAAACCUAGAAGAAAACAACAAUAAAAAAGCUCGGCCAAAACCAAGGGGGCGUAGGGCCAAAGAUGUAGCAGAAGAGAUAGCUAACAUUGAAACUUCUACGAGCUCCCCUUCAAAACCAAGAGGUCGUAGGGCCAAAAAUGUUGCAGAGGAAGCAGCUGUCGUUAACAGUUCUACAAGCUCCACUCCAAAACCAAAUCAAGAAGAGAUUGAUGAUAAAAGAGCUCCACAAAAACCCAGAGGGCGUAGGGCCAAAGAUGUAGCAGAAGAGACAGCUGACGUUGAAACUUCUACGAGCUCUCCUUCAAAAUCAAGAGGGCGUAGGGUCAAAAAUGUAACAGAGGAAGCAGCUGUCGUUGAAAGUUCUACAAGCUCCACCCCAAAACCAAAUCAAGAAGAGAUUGAUAAUAAAAGAGCUCCACAAAAACCCAGAGGGCGUAGGGCCAAAGAUGUCGCAGAAGAAGCUGCUGACCUUCGAUCUUCUACAAGCUCUCCUUCAAAAUCAAGAGGUCGUAGGGCUAAAAAUGUAGCAGAAGAAGCAACUGUCGUUGACAGUUCUACAAGCUCCACUCCAAAACCAACCCAAGAAGAGAUUGACAAUAAACAAGCUGUGCCAAAGACAAGAGGCGGGCGCAGAGCCAAAAAUAUAGCUGAGGAAACAGCUGACAUCGAAAUUCCUACCCCAAAAUCAAACCAAGAAGAAAUGGACAAUAAACAAACUCUGGCAAAACCAAGGGGGCGUAGAGCCAAAAAUAUAGCAGAAGAAACAGCUGAGGUUGACAAUUCUAAAAGCUCCACUCCGAAACAAAAUGAAAUGAAUGAUAAACAAGCGCUACCAAAACCAAGAGCGCGUAGAGCAAAAAAUGUAGUAGAAGAAUCAACUGAAGUUGAAACUUCUACAACCUCCACUUUGAAAACAAACCAAGAAGAAGUAGAUAAUAAACCAAGAGGGCGUAGAGCCAAAAAUGUAGUUAAAGCAACAGCUGAUGUUGAAACUUCUACAAGCUUCACUCCAAAACCAAAUCAAGAAGAAACUAAGCCGAAACUCAGAGGACGUAAAGCCAAAAAUGUAGUAGAAGAAAUAGCCGAUUUCGAAAAGGCUACAACCUCCACUCCAAACCUGGAUCAAGAAGAGAUGGACACUAAAAAAGCAAAACCAAAAGGGCGUAGAGCAAAAAAUGUAGCACAUGAAACACCUGACGCUGAAAGUUCCACUCCGAAAAAAAGAGGCGGGAAAGCAAAGAAUGUAACAGGAUCAAUUGAUGACAUUGAACCGCCAUCGACUAAAGGUAGAUCUACAAGGGCUGCUACUAAAGCCCAAGAGGAUAAAACUGAAGUAAUUCCAGCAGCACCACCAAAAAAGAGAACCCGUCGAUAAAGAGAAAAAUUUUGGAACUUAUUAAGUUUUAUACAUUUUCAUAUUUUUUAGCUUUUAGAAUAUUUAUUGUAAAUAUGUUGGAGUUUAUAAUUUUUUUUUUCUAAUUUUAAUUUGUUCAAUACAAUGCUGAGCAAGUUGAGAAAUUGAUCUUUUUUUGUUAGAUUUAGGUUUGUCAGAAUAUUUGUGUGUUUCUUUUUUUCAUUAGGUUCUUAAAGAAAAUAUAACUAGAAAUGGUUUAUUAAUCCUAAAAAUGUCAAUUAUAUUAAUAAUGCUGGACAUUUUAUCAAAUGGUUAUUGCCAACUUGACCCUUUACACUACUUACUUCUUAUAAUAAUGUACUCUUAAUUUGAUUUAAAAAUAAUAAAUAUGAAAUGUUUUUUGAAAACAUAACAUUAUCAUUCAAUACUUAUAAUUUAAUUUAGUUUGGUAUGUUUGAUUUUGGAAUUAUGAAAAUAAAAUGUUUUGUUAGAAAGAUAACGUUGCCGUGUAUAUAUUGAUUUGAAAUAGUCUUUUCCUUAUUUGUUUGUAAUUCUGAUGAGUGUAGGUGUAUUUUUAGCACAUUGAGGAGUGUGAAAAGUGCCAUUUUUCCAGAAGCAAAUAAGCGUUAAAAUUCUAAUAAAUUUGACGAGUAUAAUUACCAAGCUUUUAACCAACACGAACACAAUGGAUUUCGAAAAUCUGUGCGUGCUGGGCAUCAUAUCAAAAUCAUUUGUGCCUUUAUAUUUAGGUUUUGCUACAAUUAGAAAUUUAUGUAGAGAAAUAUAUUAAUUAUUGCCUAUAGUAGUAGAACAUGUAAUUUUUUAAUAAAGUUAUUAUCCAGAAUCCGAUCUUGA